ACUACUUCCGAGUCGCGCGGUUGUGUUUUCUUUCUCGGGGUUCGUUUCCGUAGGCGUACAGAAUCCGCUGAUUCGCUUUCCGUUGAGUGUCUGUCAAUCUGACGAUCGGAUUGUAAAACGAUUGGUUUUAUUUAUUGGCCUUCUAUAGUGGUCAGCGAUUUUUUAUGUCUUGAUUUUGGUGGAAUUGUUUGUGCCUUCGGGUUUGGAUAUUGAAUAGGGCUAAAUUGGGCUCGAUUUAACGAGUCGUUUGGAAAACAGAACACGUGUGUGCGAAGGAAAAAUCUUCAAAGGAUAAAUUUCACCCGCGUCGACGUCGUCUUCGUCGUCAUUUGUCACGAAAGUGUCAGCAGUGCUUCAAAGAGAGGGAAAAAAUUUACGCACAUUUUUUCCGCGACAUAAAUAUUAUUAAUUUUAAUGCACGAGAAUCUACGGAACGUGCGAGGCGCGGGUUGGGAAAAACAGAGAAUAAUAUUACAAAAGUGAUCCUCGUGCGUCGCGGCAAAACGGGCCCGAGGCAUUAAUAUUAAGUAUAAUAUCUUUUGGGUGAAGUGGUUUUAAUUUUAGCAUUUGGCGCAUAAAUUAGGCGCCCCCCGGUACAACAAAGUUUGAAAUAGUAACGUCUAAGCCUAAGCGCGCUUGUUUUUGAGUUUUGACAUCGACAGUUGAGUUAGGCCUCGGAGGGGAAGCAAAAUAAAUGGGAAGCGUUGCGGUUUUGUCAAGUGGAAUAAUAAUAUAAUAAGUGAUCAAAUCUAGGAGAGACGCGUUCAAGAAGAAGAAGGUAGCUCGAGGAUGAGAAAGGGGGUGAUGUGACUCAUUUUUUCGAAGUGACAGUGUCCUGAGGAGUUGUAAUUACGUACAGCGAGUUCACAAGAAGUUUCUGAUUGGAUAAAUCGGGCCCUGGAGCCUUCAUCGGAAACACACUAAUCGUCGGACCAAUCCGUUCCAAAUGUGCUCCAAUGUGCCAACCAAACGGUCCAGUUAGUGUCAGUUCUUUCGAAAUCCCGUACGGAUUCGGAUUCAUCAACCUGUAACGGUAGCUCCAAAAUGGUCCGCUUCACCAGAAGUUGGCUCAUUCUGGGGAUUUUAGCUGCUUUGCAAUGGAUUACAAGCGCAACGGCCUAUCAUCUAUCCCAGACAGCCAGCCCGGGCAUUCAAACGUUGGGAAACUUGAUGGCAGUUCCAUCUCUGGCAGCUCAUCAGCUUCCUCAAAUGGGUCAGCGUUCGAGAUCCCCACAUCAGAUUCUGUUCCCUCCUCCGAGAACUUCCCCGAAUGCAUCUUCCACGAUACUACUUUCCCAGACCCAACAACCACCCACAACAAGCAUCGAUCGAGCUUAUCAUAAAGCUCGGAAGAUCAUCUACAAGUAUCCCCGGAAGUAUGGGCCACCGAAACGGAGGCCACCACAUCAUCCGGGAUAUCCAUCACUACAUCCCAAGUUCUACAGCUACUACUCGCACUGGAGUCCCUGUGAUGUGCACUGUCAGCAGCGAAGAGAGCGGCACUGCGUGGUGCGGUCCAAAUGUGGCCAUCAUGUGCACGUGGAGGAGCGACCGUGUCCCCAUAAGUACUGCUUCCACGAUCACGAUCACUCCCCGCUCCACAAAUACUCGUUGGUGGAAUCGUACAAACCGAAAAAGAAAAAGCGUAUCAUCGUCGAAGACGACGAUGAAGAUGAGGAUUACUACGAGGACGAUGACGAUACCGAGUACGUCAUCAUAAAAAAGAAGCACAAACGGAAACGGAAGCGUCCGCAGAUAUCGAUCUACCACCGACGAGAGGAAACGGUUCCGGAAGUGAAGCCGGUGUACGACUACGAUGAGUUGAGCGAGCAGCGAAUCCAAAACUCUCGCAAUAAACAACAGCUGCUCGUCGAAGAUUUUGAUGAUCAACGGAUAUUCAGCCCCAGUCCACAUUACGUUCGACCACAGGGCGCUGCCCAGAAUUUUUAUCGACGGCCACAUCCCUCGGCUUUGGGAAGAAAGCCUUCCCGGUUAACGGAUUUCUUCGAGGAUGAUUACGAUCACCUUUAUCGGGAUGGGACAGGAUUUGCGAAUCGACAGGAUGAAUUCAUAGAUUUCAAUGGAUUUAUUCCUAUCAGUGAACCCAUUGUUGGGAAGAUAGGAGGAAAUAUUUCCACAACAGCUGUACCGGAAGUUAGUCGAUUGCUGGACUCAUUUCCGACUGAAGUACUUCCAACGACCAGUAGUUUACAUCACGCCAAACGCGAGGUCAGUAACUUCAUUGAAGAAUCCGAGGAGGACUUCGAAACGGAUUUAUCCGAUGAAGAAGCUUCCAAUAGUACGGCUGUAGAAUUAUCAUCGGAUGGGAAAAAGUACCCUGGCAAAGGUAUGACCAAGCAAGGAUAUGGAGCACAGAAGAAGGCACGAGAGAAGGCCGUGUUCGAGAUGCCCCGGAAGGUAGACAACCCGUACUCCAAGUGGAGUCGUUGGUCCAAAUGCACAGCCAAAUGUACCACUCGGAGGUUUAAACGCUGUAAGGUGCCAGCCAUUUGCGGCAAUGACGUGAUCCGUGAGAUCGCUUAUUGCUACACCGAGGGAAGUUUCUGCGAGGAAUGGAUCGGAAACCAGUUAUAUCAAAACAACAAGGGUAGCACGAUGCUAUCGACAACACCUAGCACAACUACAACAACAACCACAACGACGCCAAAGUCAACUAAACCGGCCAGAACCAAUCAGUUGAUACCACCGGGAGGACAAACGGCCCGAAGUAGAAGCGAUCAGCCGCUGCAGGAUAAUUCGAUAGCACAGCAGAUGUUUAACAGUCGGAAGGGUUUUCUGCAACCGGAAUAUAUGCCCCAGGAACUGACCUGUGGGCUCCCGAUGGUGCGGAACAAGUCCAAGAAGUAUCUGUACAAUAUGCUGAGGAUUAUUGGUGGGAAAACUUCCCGGAGGGGUCAGUGGCCUUGGCAGGUGGCGAUCCUGAAUAGAUUUAAGGAAGCAUUCUGCGGCGGAACCUUGGUUGCGCCUCGCUGGAUCCUCACGGCAGCCCACUGUGUCCGGAAGCGGCUGUUCGUCCGUUUGGGGGAACAUCACCUGCAACAAACAGACGGUACCGAGAUCGAGUUCCGCAUCGAGUUCAGUAUUAAACAUCCCCGGUAUGACAAAAAGACGGUGGACAACGACGUGGCUUUGUUACGGUUACCUCGGGAGGUGGAACGGUCCAGCUUUGUGGGGUACGCCUGCCUGCCGGAACGCUAUCAGCCACUUCCGAUUGGACACACCUGCACGAUUAUCGGGUGGGGCAAGAAGCGUCACAGCGACGAUGCCGGAACGGAUGUGCUACACGAGGCGGAAGUUCCGAUUAUCACCAACGAACGGUGCAGGGCUGUGUAUCACGAUUACACCAUCACCAAGAAUAUGUUCUGCGCCGGGCAUAAGCGAGGCAGGGUGGACACUUGUGCCGGCGAUUCCGGAGGUCCGCUUCUUUGCCGCGACACGACUAAGGUUAACAGUCCCUGGACCAUCUUUGGCAUUACCAGCUUUGGGGAUGGAUGCGGCAAGAAGAACAAAUUCGGCAUCUACACCAAGCUACCGAACUACGUGGACUGGAUUUGGUCGGUGAUAAAUUGCGAUGGAAAUUGUCGGUCGUGAGGAAUGCUGCGGAAUGAGAUUUGAUUUUGAGUGAGCGUGGUAUGAGCGUGGUAUCCCGAAAAUUUGUAAUUAUUUUAAAAAACUGCAGUUGUAUGUAUAAAUACGAAAACUUGCUUUUAAGUGAAAUAUGAGUACAGCCUAAUCUCCUCCCAUCGUCGCCAAUACACUAUAUAUUUAUUGACAAGUGAGCGCGUACUAGGUCGGUUAAGUUCAUGAGUAAGAGACAUCCAAUCAGAUAAAAUUGAUCUUUAAAUUAGGUAUUUAUUACUGAUUAUUCUAUGUACAGUAUCAUACGGCAAAUAAAGUGAUAAUA